UCCAGAAUGCGUGUGGCCUGUCUGUUAGUGCUGUUCCUAUUGACCCUGGUGCAGCUGGGAGGCUGUCUGCUGCUAGGAGCCUUCAACAUCAAGACAUUCGGAGACAAGAAGUCCUCCAACUCGACCCUCAUGGACAUCAUCACUCAGAUAGUGCAUCGUUAUGAUAUCGUGCUGAUCCAGGAAGUAAGAGACACUGACCUAUCAGCAACCAACAAACUGAUGCAGCACGUCAACAAAGGCUUAUCUCCCUAUAGGUACCGUCACAUUGUCAGUGAGGAACUAGGUCGCAGUACCUACACAGAGAGAUACCUCUACCUGUACAGAGAGGAGACGGUCUCUGUGGCUAAGAACUACACGUACGAUGACGGCUGUGAGCCCUGCGGUACAGAUACCUUCAUCAGAGAACCCUUCAUUGUCAUGUUCUCCUCGAACUACACAGCUGUGAGGAACUUUGUUUUGAUACCACAACACACGUCUCCAGACUCGGCAGUGAAGGAGGUUGACGCUCUGUACGAUGUGGCCACUGACGUCAGAGCUCGCUGGAACACCAAUGACAUAGUGGUGCUGGGGGACUUGAACGCAGGCUGUCGCUACGUGACGGGACCAGACUGGCAGCGGAUACGCCUCUUCACAGACCACAGAUACCACUGGCUGAUACCUGACCACGCUGACACCACCGUCUCUAACACCGACUGUCCCUACGACAGGGUGGUGGCCACCACUGAGAUGAUGAGAGGAGUGGUCCCUGGGUCGGCUGAGGUGUUCGACUACAUGACACAACUGAAGCUCAGCCACAGCAUGGCAUUGGCUGUCAGCGACCACUACCCUGUUGAGGUGAAGCUGAUUGGUCACGCCCCUGCUGCAUGAGCCCGCCUCCAGGAAGUGUUCAGACACUCUCAAAUUGGACCCUAUUCGCUUUGUGGUGCACUACUUUGGACCAGAGCCUUCUAUAGGGAAUAGGGUGCCAGUUGAGUGUCAUCACCAUGACAUGUUUCAAUAAAACUCAG